UUACGGCAGGCAUGUUUCAGUUGGUAGCUUGUUGUUAGCCGGAAAGCUAAUCGUGUAGAAUUUCACAUUUAAACGCGGUUAUAUUACGGUACAGGGACGCAACCAGGGAACAAUGGAUGUCGGAGAGCUCCUGAACUAUCAGCCUGAUAGAGGAGCCAAGCGCCCGAGGGGAGAGGAUGGAGGAGCUGCAGGAGGAGACGACAACUCCAGAGGAGGAAAGCAGCAGAAAGGUGUGGGACCGAGGGAGGCAGCCAGGUUCAGGGAGGUGGGAGGAGGAGAGGGAGGAGCUGAAAUGAAAGAAACUGAAGAGCCGACUGGAGACAGGAAGAUGAUCUUAGAGAAACUGAUGGACCAGGAUGGGGAAGAACCAGAGGCAGAGCCGGUUGACGAGAGUUCAGUGAAGAAAAUGAUUCUGACCUUUGAGAAAAGGUCAUACAAAAACCAGGAGCUGAGGAUAAAGUUUCCAGACAAUCCAGAGAAGUUUAUGGAGUCAGAGCUGGACCUGAAUGACAUCAUCCAGGAAAUGCAUGUAAUCGCGACGAUGCCGGAUCUCUACCACCUGCUGGUGGAGCUUAACGCCGUCCACUCACUGCUGGGCCUCCUGAGCCAUGAAAACACUGAUGUUGCCAUAGCAGUGGUGGACCUGCUACAGGAGCUGACGGAUAUCGACACGCUCCAUGAGAGUGAGGAGGGAGCCGAAGUCCUCAUUGACGCCCUGCUAGAGGGACAGGUGGUGGCCUUGCUGGUGCAGAAUAUGGAGCGGCUUGAUGAACAAGUGAAAGAAGAAGCUGAUGGCAUCUACAACACGCUUGCUAUUACUGAAAACAUGGCAGAGUUCAGACCUGGCCUGUGCACUGAAGCUGCUCAGCAGGGACUCAUGCAGUGGCUGCUGAAGAGAAUCAAGGCUAAGAUGCCGUUUGAUGCUAACAAGCUGUACUGCAGUGAGAUUCUGGCCAUCUUGCUGCAGAAUAAUGACACUACCAGAGAACUCCUGGGGGAAAUGGAUGGCAUUGAUGUGUUACUGCAGCAGCUCUCUGUGUUUAAACGUCACAACCCAAACACAGCCGAGGAGCAGGAGAUGAUGGAAAACCUCUUUGAUGCUCUCUGCUCCUGCCUCAUGCUGUCCUCCAAUAGGGACCGCUUCCUCAAAGGAGAAGGACUCCAGCUAAUGAACCUCAUGCUCAGAGAGAAGAAAAUGUCUCGAACCAGUGCUCUGAAGGUUCUGGACCAUGCUAUGAUUGGGCCCGAGGGAGCGGAUAACUGCCAUAAAUUUGUGGAUGUCCUGGGCUUGCGGACCAUCUUUCCACUUUUUAUGAAAACCCCAAAGAAGAUGAAGAAAACCGGUACUUCAGAGAAAGAGCAUGAAGAACACGUCUGCUCCGUCAUCGCUUCCAUGCUGAGAAACCUCAAGUCCCAGCAGAGAACCAGGCUCCUCAACAAGUUUACAGAAAACGACUGUGAAAAGGUUGAUCGACUGAUGGAGUUGUAUUUUAAAUACCUGGAGGCUGUUCAACAGGCUGAUAAGAGGAUUGAAGGGGAGAAACAUGAGAUGGUCCGUCGGGGGGAGAUCCUGGACGACAGCAUGGAGGAUGAGUUCUACCUUCGCCGUCUAGACGCUGGACUGUUUGUUCUGCAGCUGCUGUGCUAUAUUAUGGUGGAGAUCAGCAGCUCAGGGGUCUCACAGUUGCAGCAGCGGGUUCAUCAGAUUCUUAAUAUAAGAGGAGGCUCGGUCAAAGUAGUUCGCCACAUCAUGAGGGAGUAUGCAGAGAGCAUCGGAGAUGGAAAGAGUGACGAGUUCAAAGAGGCAGAGAGGAAGAGGAUCAUGGACCUGGCAGACAACUUUUAGUCUUUUAUUUCUCAUGAAGACACAGAAACCCUUCACCACAACCAAAACACAGUUUUAUUUCAGUUGAAACUUUGCUAAAACUAAAAUAUAAACUUCAAAUAAUAAUAAUAAAAAAAAUGCUGGUUUGUUUUGAUAAUGUACAGAAAUGAAGUACCUUAAGACUCCCUCUGUAUUCUUACCUAAAUCAUUUACUUCAACUGUCCAGGUAAGGCAAACCCAGUCCAUCCGCUCUAGUAAAUAAUAAUUUAAAGUUUUUUUCGGUUAAAUUGGUUUGCUGGAACAGAAAUCCAACAGGAGAUCGCAACAGAUAAAUUAAAUCCCAUUUAACCCUCUCUGCUCUGUGUGUUUUGGAAUUUAGCUGUAAACUAUUUUCUAAUAAAAGAUUUUGGUAUUAAA